AUGGUUAAUUGGCAAUUAUCGGGCUCUGUGACUUCUAGCCGGUCCGAAGAUCAUUUUCGGAUUGUGUCCGAAUCCCAGGUUACGAUCCCCAUCGGUGGUCCUACGACAAUAGCCGCAGUGACCGAUAGUUUUAUUACUGAGACAUAA